AUGCUCUACGAUCUCAACAUCCCGUACUCGACCUCCACGUCAGAGGCCGCCCUGGCGUCGACGCUGACCCUCGCCUUCACGCUCGGCUACCACACCGUCGCACUUAAUCACAUCUACACGACCGUCCCCUCGACCAAGGUCGACUCCCCCUUUGCGCAGCUCCCCUCGUUCGACGGCAAAGCGAUCCCCAACAUCCUCCACCGCGCCACGAUCCACUUCUCCGACGCCGCGACACAGCACAUCCACCUCGCCAACCUCAUCAAGAUCUUUGACAUUAUCGCCGUCCGCCCCACGAGCGACGAGGCCUUCUCCAAGGCAUGCCUUAGCCUGGACGUGUCCAUCAUCUCGCUCGACCUGACCCAGCACCAUCCCUUCUACUUCCGCAUCAAGCCAUGCAUGAUGGCCGUCAACCGCGGCGUGCGGUUCGAGAUUGCGUAUGCCCAGGCCCUGCAGGCGGAUGCGCGCGGCCGGGCGCUCUUUAUCAGCAACGCGACGCAGCUCAUCCGCGCCACACGAGGGCGGGGCAUCAUGCUGGCCAGCGAGGCGCGGAGCGCGCUCAUGCUCCGCGCGCCGGCCGAUGCCGUGAACCUGCUCAGCGUGUGGGGCCUGGGCAGCGAGAAGGGCAUGGAAGGCCUGGGCAGCGUGCCGCGCAGCGUGGUCGUGAAUGAGGCCAUGAAGAGGACUGGCUUCCGCGGCGUCGUAGACAUUGUCCAGGUCGCCGACAAGGGCCCCGAUGAGGUGCAACCAGCAGCAGCAGCAGCGAAACAGGAAUCCAAACAGAAAAGAAAGGGCGAUAAGGAGGCUGGCAACGCGGACAAGAAGAAUAAGAAGAUGAAGGUUGUGUCAAGGGAGGCACCGAAAUGA